AUGCCGACCCAUGUCCUCUCUCCUCCCAACGCGUCUCCUCGCCUCAAGGGACUGCAAAUCUGCCAGCUUGGCGUUGUUAGCCUGACUUUUGUGUACACGUUCCUCGCAGCCGUCAUUCCGAGCAAGCACAAGGCGUUCACGUUCUCGCUGCUCUACGGCUUGAUUCUGACGAGCAUCACAACCUCGAUCCUCAUCAACAAGGAGCUGAAGGCUAGUGUCCGCGGUCUUCUGACCAAGGACAAGUAUGCCAAGUACCAGCUUUGGAAGAUCGCCGCUGGCUUCGUGAUGUACUUCAUCGCCUUCAUCGCCUUCACUAUCACACCCGGUGGCAACGAGAAGCUGGGUCGCAACGAGAGCGGUCUGAUCAUGAACGGCGUUAAGAUCAACACCUUCCAGUCCAUCAUCCUGUGGACAAGCACCUUCAACUGGAUCUUUAUGUGGGCCAGCUUGUUCUACUCUUGCUGCAUGACUAGGCGCGAAACCGGCGAGAUCCGUCUUGAAGGCGAGGAGGCGACCAUCGGUCUGGGUCAGGACAACACUGCCAAUGACGAGGCUUAUACUAGGCGUCUCUAG